AUGCCUACAUCAAGGCGUGACAAGAAAGUUGAGCUUACGAAAGUCCGAAAACAUGCUCCUAAAAAGCAUGACCAUGUUAAAAAGGUCCGUCAGUACGUGGAUCAGUAUAAAAGAGUUUACGUGAUCGCUUUGCACAAUUCCCGAUCUCAAAAGGUGGCGAAUAUACGAAGGAAUAUGCCAAACAUCAAAAUCCUAUUUGGUAUUAAUAAAGUGACAGCUUUGGCUCUCGGUAAAACACCAAAAGAUUCUUACCGGCCAAAAAUAUAUAAACUUUGCAACUAUUUAAAAGGACAAUGCGCUCUUCUGUUUUCGGACUUGACACCUUCAGAAUUACGUGAGCAGUUGGAUGCUUUUCGUUCAACAGAAUUCAGCAGGUCAGGUACAUUAUCUGAACAAACUGUUCGAAUCACUGCUGGUCCUUUACAAAAAUUUCCUCAUACUAUGGAGUGUGUUCUGCGUCAGCUUGGACUGCCUGUUAAACUAGUCCGUGGGGUUGUACAUUUAGAAAGGGACCACUUAGUGUGUACUAAAGGCGACGUCCUUUCUCCAGAACAAUGUCGAAUUUUAAAAUUAUUCCAACAUGAAAUGUCGGAGUUUCGUGUUGGUCUGAUUGCCGUCUGGACGAAUGGUGAUCAUACACAAGAGUUAGAAGAAGAAGACAGUUAUGCUAUGCGUACUUCAUUGCAUCCAGAAGUCACUAUUGUCUGUAGACAAUUAGAUGAUGGUCAGUAUUAUUUUAUUCCAGAACCUGGGGUUAUGAAAAAUGCUGACAUGGAUGGUGAUCUUGCAAUGGAAGUUAAUGAAGAUUAA